CUCGUAUGUACUUUAGAAUUAAGCAAAUACUGACUACUAUUAAUUUUUCAAUCGGUCGUAAUAUCGCCGAUGACGUCGUGGACCAAGUAUGGAUCAAUCCAACGAUCUGGUGGCGUUGCCCACCAUAGACCGUGUGUGCGUAUGCAAGAUAAAGUACCAAUGCACUAGUAAUGUAUACAGCUCCGAUAAACCAGUUGCUGAUAACAUAGACCAGGCUUAAUGCGAUACGUGAAGAGCCGGGCGGACUACUGUCACCUCAUCGCGAUUACUUCAGGCCCGCAAAGCAUUGACAAGUCGAUUACCUUUAUCUAACUUCAUAACUGCAAAAGAGUUUCAACUUUUGGAACUGCACCAUUCAUUUCGGAUCGAAAAAACGGGUAAGCUUGAAUCGUUUCUGUACAGAGUCAAUCACAUGACGGAUACGUUUCGAUUAAGGCUGCAUCAAAUAAUGAAGUCUGCAUUUGUUUCAGCUCAGCGCUGUUAAAGUAAGCUCUGAUGCAGUCGUGGAACUAAUUGGUCAACUGCAUGACCUCCUAUGAAGCAAUUUUGGAAGAAUUUCAAUGUCUGAUGGACAGUCCUUUUAAAAACAUUUGACUGACCUCCUCAUUCAUCUUCGUUGUAUAAUCGCAAUUUGAUCAAGUCCGGCAACUGCGUCGCCCUCAAGCAUAUGCAUUGGCCCUCCAACUUUAGAGCGUCACCAUGGUGUCAAAAAGCUUGAUUUUCGGUUUCUAUACGGUGCAGGAGGACAGUGGUCCACACAAAUGUACUGUCGAUACUGCGAUCCGCAAUCAGUGGUGCAUCCGUUCUCUGGAGCAUUUCCUCGAAUCUUUCUCACUUUCUUCCGUACCCACACUAUUCAAUCGCAGUUCAAUUUUGUACAUGAUCUUGUUCCAGCUAAAUGCAUCGUGGCAUUUUGCUGAUUUGCAGGCCAGGUACCACCUGCAAUUUGUUGUGUAAGACCGAGCCCAACGCGACGUUCGUUGGGUCCACAAUGGACACAAGCUGCGCACGUCUGGCUUACUAUAGCAUCUGUGGCGAUGCGCUUAACAGAUAUCGAAUCAAAUUUUCACGGCGGGAUCUUUCGGCGGCUAAGUUGGUUAACGAAAGGGCUGCUGUCCUGGUCUGCAUUGUCGAUUCGACAAAGCAGCUGCACUGUCGAAUCGACAAAGCCGCUGCACUAGACUUAAUAUCAGUAGUACUUGUACUGCAAUUUUGUAUUUUAGUUUGCUGUAGGACAAAUAAAUUGGUGACAAAAAGGGUCGCGCAGUCACUGGGGAUGUGUAGAGAUUGUAAGUACAUGGUCAUUUAUCGCCGCAAGGGGAUGUCCAUGGUACUACUGUGACAUUCUUAGUGGCAAACAACAAACACUGUAGGUUACAUAACAGUUUUUGUAAUGAUUGCGCGACCAUUACUGUGUUCGAUAGAUCGCUGCAUAUCGUAAAUGGGCUCGCCGCUGUUUUAGUAGCUCACAUCGGGUGCGCGCAAACACAUCCAGAUUUUUGGCGACCAGGCAGCGCCACACCUUAGUGUUUAAAUUCUACCAAUCAACGCAAAGCGCGUAACGUGGGCAAAUUGUUGCUAUUGGUUCAUCUUGCUACUUUCUUCAAGAAAGUCUCUUGUCACGUGCGCCAGAAAAGAUUCAGGGAGAUGUGCUGGGACACGCGAUGGG